GUGCCAAACUGCAUGGAAGGACUUCCUGCACUAAUAAUAAAACUCCAUGCAAAUAGUCAGAAUUGCGGCAUGCAACUGAUUUAUUUUUGCUCUAGCCCGAGGCCUUUAACGCGUUUGUGUUAACAGGGACUCUAAUCCGGAUUAUCCAACCUCUGGAAGUGAGCUGGUUUGGGUCAGAAGUGGUUUAGCUGCGAGUAUUAAACACUUAAUUCUGAGGUGUUGUACAUGUUUGUGAUGGGCGUGUUCCUAUAGUAACCCUGUAUGUACGGUGAGUCCUAUCAGUCACGGUUUGCGCACAUGCAAUUAGUGCAUGGAUGGUAGUUUUUACUCGGCUACUACUACUCGGCUACAUCACCUGGAUUAGGCCUCGUAGAGCUAAUGAAUAGCAAGGCUCGAAUAAUGGUAUAAUCUUGCAUAAUUAUGUUUUGCAACAAAACAUAACGUAUAGAGGAUUGGCCCAUUAUUAAUUGUUUUGCUAAUUCAUCAAUAAUUGCAUUGUUGCAUAUAUUGCAGUCUAUAUAAUUAUGUCAGUUCAUGUUUCACUAGGCAUACUUAUAUAGAUAUAAUUAUAGGUGUCAAGCAUUCAUUUUUUGCUCAUUACCAAGUUGUUCCCUGUGUAGUGCUACGUGUGAUCUUGUAUUGAUUAUUUUUAGAUUACAAAAGCAUCGUAGUCAGUACAGCAUAACACUACAAGUACAUCAAUUAGCUUCAAAGUGAGUUGAAUACUGCACUGCACUGCAUGGAGUGUAGCUAUGGCUAUUAUUAACAAGAGAAUUUUAGUUGUUCUAGUAGGUACAGUUUGUCUAGGCUUACUGACCAUACUGCUUGUCCUUAGUAGCCAUUCACAAGAUCAAGAAACUGCUGUGCAUAGAACUGAGUACAGUUACAGUUACAGUGACAAAGAUGUGAGGUCAGAGCUGUUGGCUGUUGGAGAUAAUGUAAGGAAGUGCUUCAAUUCAUCAGGACUUGGCAGCUCAGAUUCUAACCUGCUCCAGUUGGGUAUUGACAAUGCUCAGUUGUUCAUGAAAGAGUACAGGAAAGUCAUACCAAGGCAGUCUCUGGAGCACCACGCCAGCCAUUGCUGGCAUACUGACUACAGUGCAUCAACUACUGCACUCAGUUUGUUCCGCACUGGUAGAGUUACUGGACGUAUAGCUGGACAAAAGUUUGAUCGGCCAACAGACUUUGUUUUUUAUGGAAGAAGUGCUUUCCUGGAACUGAGCAGCCGUUUUAAUGGUCGCUUUUCUUCAAAUACUGUCUGUCUACCAAAAACCUAUUUGCUUGGCUUUGAAAAAUGUGGUUCUACUUAUUUGUGGUGUUUUAUAUCUAAAAUUAUAAACACGUUCAGUGGAAACUCUAGGAAAAGCUCUGAUAAAUACCAUGCCGACAAAGAGCCUUAUUUCUGGACACCAUUCCUCUACACAACGUCACUACCACACUCUGACACUAUCGGAAAUCCAUACCUGCUCAACUUCUUGCAAGCUUCAGAUCCGAAAAUCACCAUUGAAGAAAGAAAGCAUAUUAUGCUCAUGGAUGGGACUCCAAGUACUGUCCUAGAAUGGCCUAAAUUUCGAGAGUCUGAUCCGGAUCUUGCCAACUAUUGCCUACUACCGAGCGCCCUUCCUCAACUAUUCCCAAACUCUAAAUAUGUUGUGAUUAUGAGAGAUCCUGUCGACAUGCUCUACUCGAAUUUCUGGUGGACUUACUUCAUUGAAACAUUGGUAUUAAAUGAACUCUCUACUUUCAUAAACGAUGUAUACGAUGCUGCCCAAGGUCCCAAGAUUUUCCACAAUCGUUCAGUUUCAAAAAUCAAUUCCUUUUUGCAAUGUUUCAGAGAUAAAUCGCAAGCACCGUGUUCAUUUUUCGAGGCUACACUUGAAGAGUAUAAUGAUUGUAUUUCAUCACGUACCCACCUACUAAGCAACUGUGUCCAUGAAAUUACUAACGAAAGAACGAGAAAAGAAUCGGCCAUUCAUCGAGGUAUCUAUUACGUUCAUGUACGCAAAUGGCUCAGUGUUUUACCCCGUGAUAGAAUCUUGUUUGUAAGGCUAGAAACAUUGAAGAAGGAGCCAGCGAAAAUAGCAUCGCAGGUUCUGGACUUGUUUGAAAUUAAUGGCGAGCGUAACAAGCUACCAUUAACUGAUGAAGUUGUGAGGAAUAUAACUGCUGACUGUUCGACAAAUUCGGAUGGUUUAAUAGAUUACAAACACUCACCAGAUAUCAAGAAUAUGCUUAAAGAAACGAAAGUUAUGCUAAAGAAAUUCUUCGUGCCGUUUAAUAAACUUUUGGCCGAGCUACUGGACAGUGAUCAAUUCUUGUGGAAUUAAGUAUCUUAGUCUAUAUACAAUAAUAGUUGCAUGAUUGUGUAUAGCUAUAGAGGCUUUAUAAUUUAUGUAUAAUAUAUAUUAUCCAACAAAAUUAUAUUAAAGAUGUGCAUGUAUUUUGACACUCCUAUGCAGAA